UAGCUUCCUCUUCAUAAGACGGGUAAGCGCCCUUCACCCCCUCAUUCGUUUCUGAGAAGCAACGAGACAUCAUCAUGCCCGAGCCAGCAAAGUCAGCGCCCAAGAAGGGCUCCAAGAAAGCCGUCACCAAGACCGCAGGGAAGGGCGGCAAGAAGCGCAGAAAGUCCAGGAAGGAGAGCUACGCCAUCUACGUGUACAAAGUCCUUAAGCAGGUCCACCCCGACAUCGGCAUCUCCUCCAAGGCCAUGGGAAUCAUGAACUCCUUCGUGAACGACAUCUUCGAGCCUAUCGCCGGAGAGUCCUCUCGCCUGGCCCACUACAACAAGCGUUCUACCAUCACCUCCAGGGAGAUCCAGACCGCCGUGCGCCUGCUGCUCCCCGGUGAGCUUGCCAAGCAUGCCGUGUCCGAGGGCACCAAGGCCGUAACCAAGUACACCAGCUCCAAGUAAACAGCGCAUUUGGAC